AUGGCCGAGUUUUACCAGCUUAUUCACCAGCGUGCAGGUAUUGCAACAGCUUUAAUCGCAUUAGAAAAAGCUUCCACCAUAGAUGCCAAUGAGUUCAUCGCACAGUUAGAAAUCUUACGCUCAAGAAAUCCAUUUUACCUCAAGAAACUGUUAAAAGCGCUCUGUGACCGAAGUGCUUUGUUGGAUGGUGAGUCUGACUCGGGCCUAAGGAUUGUAAACAAGAGUGUCGAGCUCAAUGAAUGGGUAUUUGAGCAAUACGUGGAAUUAUUACCAGUUCCUGCACCGGAUCCAGCGCAUUUUAAAGAUAUCAUUCGAUACACUUUGGGCUCAGGCGUUGCAAUUGAAGUAGAAGAGCAACCGUUGUUGCUAAGUGGUUCGGGUACUACUGGGUUUCGAACAUGGGAAGCUGCAUUGUAUCUUGGCGAGUUACUAGCCCAAAAUGCAUCCGUUUUGGGAGAUCUGGGUUUGGUUUCUAAAGUUCUGGAACUGGGAGCUGGGACUGCUCUUGUGAGCAUGGCAUGGGCUAAAGUACAUGGCUCACAUACUAGUGAGCUUUACAUCACGGAUGGAGACUCACAAUUGAUCGAGCACAGCGCAUAUCAUAAUUUCAAGCUCAAUGGACUAGGCGGGUGCAACAAUUAUAAAUUCCAACGAUUGUGGUGGGGGGAAGACGCCGUUCCUGACGUAGAUAUGGUGAUUGCUGCUGAUGUUACGUAUGAUAAAACGGUUGUACCGAGUCUGGUCGCGACGCUAGCGUGCGCGCUACUCAACGGUGCUAGAUUUGCACUUAUUGCGGCAACGGUGCGCAAUGAAAGUACUUUGGCGGAAUUCGAGAAACAAUGUACAGAAAGGAGCCUGCAGAUGGAAAUUUUGAGUGUGAGGGAAACACAACUGGCUCCAAUUCGAAUCUACAGACUAAGCUUACUAGGCAAGACAUCAUCUUCUGGUUGA